CCGCACUUUUCUUCACUCAAAACUUUACUCUUCACUUCCUCCAAAACUUUCUCUGUCUUUCUCUGUUAUUUGUGACUCUAGUGCAAGCUAGCCAUGGCCAAGGACAUUGAGGUAGGUGGGCACAGCGACUUCCAUGCAAAGGACUACCACGACCCGCCACCAGCUCCGUUGAUCGACGUUGAAGAAUUAACCAAGUGGUCAUUUUACAGAGCAAUCAUAGCUGAAUUCAUUGCCACUCUCUUGUUCUUGUACAUAACUGUGUUGACUGUGAUUGGUUACAAGAGCCAGACUGACCCCGCCCUUAACACUGAUCAAUGUGGUGGUGUUGGCCUUCUCGGCAUCGCUUGGGCCUUCGGUGGCAUGAUCUUCAUUCUCGUUUACUGCACUGCUGGCAUCUCUGGUGGGCACAUUAACCCGGCGGUGACAUUUGGGUUGUUCUUGGCGAGAAAAGUGUCACUGGUGCGAGCCAUACUGUACAUGGCGGCUCAGUGUUUGGGAGCCAUUUGUGGUUGUGGGCUAGUUAAGGCAUUCCAGAAGGCUUACUAUAACAGGUACGGCGGUGGAGCCAACGAGCUGGCUGACGGCUACAGCACCGGAACUGGGUUGGGCGCUGAGAUCAUUGGAACUUUUGUUCUUGUCUACACUGUUUUCUCUGCAACUGAUCCCAAGAGAAACGCAAGGGAUUCACAUGUUCCCGUCUUGGCACCUCUCCCAAUUGGAUUUGCUGUGUUCAUGGUUCACCUGGCUACCAUUCCCGUCACCGGAACUGGAAUCAACCCGGCUAGAAGUUUCGGAGCUGCUGUGAUUUACAACCAGGAAAAGGCCUGGGAUGACCAAUGGGUAUUCUGGGUUGGACCCUUCAUUGGUGCUGCUAUUGCUGCAUUUUAUUACCAAUUCGUCCUCAGAGCAUCUGCUGCUAAAUCUAUCGGAUCCUUCAGGAGCAGCUCCGUCAUAUAAACAAGUUAUGGUGGGGGAGGAAUGCAUUAUCGCUCUUUAAGAGACUAAAGAUACCUUGAAAGUCGUACAUUAUUUAUGUAAUGCUGGUGAAGAUGUCAAUCGUGUUGCCUUUUGUAUGUCCGGCACUAGUUUUUAAUUGUGCCCAAAUGUUGUCAUCCGCUUUGCUUUUCUUUUUCUUUUUCUAUUUGGUGAUCAUCCCACUCCUUGAAUUGAUGGUAAUAAAAAUUAAUAGCAAGUGUUUGGUGUUA